GGCAUGCAUUUUUUGGUAGGAAGCUAGUUUUCCUGUACAGUGUCGUGGAUUUUAUUUGUAAAAGUUUGUGAAGGAUCUGAUCAUACACGGACCGGAUUGUUUAUAACUAAUCGUUGUUUCUAUCAAAACGUCAUCAACCAGUUUGCAGGUGAGGUAGAAGUCCAGGUAAAACUCUUGAACCACCCGUGCCGUCAUGGGAUGUGGGGCGUCCCGAAGCUUGGACUAUUCGUCUGACAUUAGCCAGCAAUGGGAUAGCGUGCAAAAGACAAUAGAAGUCAAACAACAAAAGAAGAAACUUGUCAUUAAGCGCGUCGGCUGGAAGACCGUCAGAAUCUUUGUGUCGUCAACUUUCAAAGAUUUUCACGCCGAGAGGGAAGUUUUGAUCAAGGAGGUGUUUCCUGAUCUGCGAGCGUGGUGUGAGAAGAGAAGGCUCUACCUGGUGGAUGUAGAUCUAAGAUGGGGUGUACCUAAAGACACCACUUCCGAAGACACUCUACGCCUGUGUCUUGGCGAGAUAGACCGAUGCUACAGUGAUAACAUUAUGCCCUUCUUCCUCAAUAUGACCAGUGAGCGAUGUGGAUGGGUACCAGGCAGUAUGGAGGUACCAGAGAAUCUACACCAAGAGUACCGUUGGAUCAAUGGACUUUCAGUGACUGAGAUGGAAAUAAUGCACGGCUCCUACCGAAAAGACAACUACAAUUCAAUAUUUGCAAUUAGAGAUGCCUCAUUUCUGGACUCCGUUCCUGUGAAAUAUCACAAUGAUUUUGUGGACUCCAACCCGGUCGCUCCUCACAAGCUCAAGAUGCUGAAAGGCAUGCUGUCAGAACGCUUCCCCAUCAAUGGUUCUUCACCCUCAUCUCUACUUUACACAGACUCCUCUUUGGCGUCAAUGGACAAUCGUGUCUUUACCUACAAAUGUUCAUUUGGUGGCAUCAGCGUGGAUACAGGCAAAGUGCAGAUGGAGGGUCUAGACCAAUUCAAAAAAGUGAUCUUUGAGUUUUUCAAGACCAGGAUUGCUGAGCAGUACCCACUAGAUGCCAAUAUCAAACUGGAUCCGUAUGAGCUACAACGUGAGGCCCACGAUAGCUUCAUGAAAAGCCGCAGCGUCAGUGUCAUCGGCAGGAAUGACGUCCUACAACGGAUGGAGGAUUUCUUGACUGGUGUAAGCACAGGUGUACCCUUGCUGCUCCUCGGUGGACCUGGGUCAGGCAAGUCGUCCAUCAUGGCUAAGGUUUCUGAUAUUGCAGUCAGUAGAGCAGCUAAUGGACAGAUACCAGGUGGAGGAGAUAAAGAUUGGCACGUCUUCUAUCAUUUUGUUGGCGCAAUUCCUGGCUCAACAGAUGUGGAGAAAAUGCUAAAAAGAUUGCUGAAGGAAAUGAAAGUCUGCAAAGAUUCCAACAUGCCCAAAGACUACGAGACUACAGCCCAGCUUGUGGGUAGUACUUUAUCCAAUCCCAAUUCUACCCCAGUCAUUAUCUUCAUCGAUGCACUCAAUCAGCUGAAUGAGGAAAAGACAACAUCCAUCCUGAGCUGGCUCCCGAGGAAGUUGGCUCCCCAAGUUCGCUGCAUCUUCUCUAUGAUCGACGAAACACCUCCACAUCGGCUGUUGAAAGAUCGCAAUCUUAAACCAGAAGAGGAGAUUGUCACUCCGCUGGACAUGGACUCCAGAAAGGAAAUUGUUUGUGACGUUCUCGGUCGUUACAACAAGCGUCUGGAUGAGGAGCAGAUGGCAACCCUUCUGGGGAAGGAGUCCUCACAGAAUCCUCUGUGGUUGGCCAUUGCAUGUGAGGAACUACGGGUCUAUGGAGAUUUCAGUACAAUCAACAGCAAGAUUACGGCACUUUCAGAUGGACUAUUGAACUUACUAAGCCAGGUUCUCGGUCGCUUUGAGAAAGAGAACGGCGGCUACCUGGUCGUAGCAACCCUGUCUCUUCUGGAAUGCUCAUCCAACGGACUUCUAGAGACGGAGCUUCUCUCCAUCCUAGGAGAUGAAAGCAACAUGGCCAUCCUAAAAACCGGGUACGCUUCCUCCGAGAACAAGAAGACGACCAGAGGCGACCCCUUACCGGCGAUCAAGUGGUCAAUGGUGUACAGAGCGCUACGCCCGUUCCUCAGACCGUUUGGCGACAGCGGGGAAGGACGCUUGGAUUUCUACCAUCGGUCGCUCAGCAAAUCCGUUCGACAAAAGUAUUUUGGGCUGCAGCCUGGUCAGGAGAGCAGUUUAGACAAUAAGAUGGGGAAAUGGUGGCAUACAAGGCUAGCUGAUUUCUUUGAAAUGGAACAGAACAUGGACCGGAAGGUUGAAGAAUACCUUUACCAGUUGGUUAAGAUUGGUGAUCAAGAGAAGCUAGCUAGGUGCCUAGGAGAGUGGCCUGUCCUAGAUAGGCUCUUUGAAGCUGACUACAGCUCUCAGCUUCUAGCAUACUGGAGAAAGUGUGAAGAAUCUGAUGGUAAAUAUACCAAGAUGGAGCAAUGCUACAAGGAUUCCCUCAAGGAGCUUGAACAAAGACCUGGGAUCUCGCAGGAAGAAGUGUCUAUGAGAUACGAGACAAUAGCCAGGGUGUUUAUUCAAGCUGGACUCUACAAUGAAUCAAAGGAUCUUAUUGAUGUGGCAGUCACAUUGGAACAAGAACAUCUCGGUUCCAGACCAGAGAGGAUGGUAGAACAUUACGCUCUCCUGGCUGAACUUUGGGAUGAGUUAUGCAAGCUUCACGAUUUCAUAAAUCCAGACCAGUUGAAUGAGUUGAGGCCAGCGAUUGACUUUGGCUUAAAAUCCAUCAAGAUCAGAGAGACAUUGGACGGAGACGAGCAUAAGUACAAGAUGGCAAACUCAGUAAUGCGACUGUCUUUCAAUUUGAAUAACUGGGCGGAGUGUGGUGGAGAUUCAAACCGCUCGGAACAAGAAGCUCAAGAUGAGUCCUUCGUUCAAGCCGACGAGGCCAUUCGGCUCUUCAAGGAGAUCGGUGACUUGGGCAAGGAAGCAGAAGCUAGUAUGACUAAAGCGAUCGUGUUUCCCAGGGGUGACGAAGAGCAGAUACAGUGGUAUGAACUGGCAAGAGAACAGUGCCAGCAAGCCUACGGAGAGAACUGUAAACUAAUGACUCGAAUUAUGAGCAAUAUUGGGAUAUAUUAUGAAGACAAACGUGAUUAUCAAACAGCUUACACCUACUUUGUCAAGUGGCACGAAGUAUCUACAGAGGUAUUUGGUGAGCAGCAUCCCAAGACCAAGUCUGCCUUUAGCUGCAUCAAUGAACCAAGAUACCUACAGAUUAAAGAAAGACUAUCAAGACAAAGACAAGAACAGCGAUGAAUAUCGGUUUACAGACUUUAAUCAAUUUUGUAUAAGCCAUAAACGGGUGUUUUCUUUUUAGCGUGAAAGUGCGCUGUUGGGUAAAAAAAGUCCCGGGGCUUCCCCGGGGCUGUUUUUCCUGGGGAUGAGAUUAAGGGCUAAUGCCAGAGCUGUGAUGUGGGAAAACCAAUUGGAAAAAGGUUUCCAAACUUGCUGGGUGUCGAGCCUAUAAUCGUGACAGGUGCAAUGGACGUAUCAAACGAUAUCGCUUAAGUUUUUAAAAGACAGAGUUGAGUUGUGAAAAUAUUGUUAAUAGAGAUGAAGGGAAGGGUGAGAUGCAAUUAUUAGAAGCACUGCAGGCCUGGAAUUUCAUCUUUGAGAGGGCGAGGCCAAUUUUCAGUUUUUCAAACGGCACUUUGGCAAAUUUUAAAGUUUAUGGGAAACUUUUGAAAAGGGCAGUUCAAUUUUCACAGGUUAUUUUAUGUAUAUAUUUAUAUUCAUAUAGGAUUAAAACAAUCAAACCAAAGGUAUACUUUCCUUGUAAUGUCAUACAAACCCCAAAUCAAUUUUUGUGAUUCUAAUUAUUAUAAUAAAGUGCUUAAAAAGUGUGAUUCUACGGUUAAUGCAGAGGAUUUCGAGGAUUUUGUAAACAGAGAAGUUAACUUUUGUUUAUGUUUUUUAAUGAUAUGUAUGUAUAUAGUUAUAGCUGUGUACGUGUAAAUGUUUAAAGGCGGGGUAGACAUUUGGUAAUUACUCCAAAAAUAAAUAAACAUAAAAAUCUACUUGGUAAAGAACACUGAAGAGCUGUUAAUAUUAUAAAACUAUCCCCCUGAAGUUAUGUAUAUAGUUUUAGAGAAAGGGGUAAAUUUUCACAAAGGAUUUUUUUUUUCUGAGAAAGGCUUUUGACUCGGGCAUCUGAAAGUACAUCAGUCUAUGCAACAAGGGUUGUUUUCUUUCAUAAUCUUCAUGCAACCUUGGUGACCAGUUGAGGAUUUGUUAUUCUAUGCAUGUGUUGGGAUACACAACGUGUGGACACUGGCUUUUGAUAAUUACCAAAGGUUUAUUCUGCCUUUAGUCUGUGCCAUAAGUGUACUUAAAAGUAUAUUUUUUAAUAAAGUUGUCCAGUUACGCACAAG